UGGCGACCCGUUAUAUAUUUAAUUUUCAGUGCAGGGAAACGGACGUCCAGUCAGUAGAUUUUUAAGUCUUUUAAUCAUUAUUGGACUUAUAUAGUUUAUUUGUGGUGCGCAGAUUAUAAUGUAGAGUAUUAUAUAGGCAGUAAUUCACCUGUUCUUAGCGGAUACGUGACUGAUAUAAAGGCUUUUUGUCCAAUCACUGCACUGAGCCGAGGGGAGCGCCAGUUCAGCCGGACUUGUUUAGUUCAGAACGUCAUUCGUCAGGGGAGAGCUGGUGGUCGGGGAAAUACAACCCAGCUAUUUAACCCACAGCGCUGAACAGAGAUGACUCGUCUUGCGGUGGUAUGGCUGUGCCUGGCUUUGGUGGCUUCAGCCAUGGCAAAACGAGGAGGUGGUGGCUUUAAAGGGGGUUUAAGCUGGGGCAAAGGAGGAAGCUCAAGUAAUAAAGGAACCAAUACUAAAGGAUCAUCAUCAAGUGGAACACGCUCACAGCCAGCAAAUUAUCCUCGUCAGCCUCAAGUUCCUAACCAAAAUCCACCACCAUACCCCGGCACUGGUGGUUCCUCCCCAGGACGAGGGGGUGCUGGAGGAUACCCCAAUCAAGGGGGAUACCCUAAUCCUGGACAAGGAGGAUACCCAAGGCAGGGAGGAUACCCAGCGCAGGGAGGAUACCCAGCGCAGGGAGGAUACCCAGCACAGGGAGGAUACCCAGCACAGGGAGGAUACCCAGCUCAAGGGGGAUACCCAGCUCAGGGAGGUUACCCAGGGCAGGGAAGGUACCCAGCACAGGGAGGAUACCCAGCGCAAGGAGGAUACCCUGCGCAAGGAGGAUACCCAGCUCAGGGAGGUUACCCAGGGCAAGGAAGAUACCCAGCACAGGGAGGAUACCCAGCACAGGGAGGAUACCCAGCGCAAGGAGGAUACCCUAACCAGGGAAGGGGUGGAGGGUAUCCUUAUCCUCAAGGAGGCUCUUACCCUGGCUACCCAGUACGAGGUGCAGCUCAGCCCGGUUCUUAUCCCAACCAAUAUGGUGGUGCAGCAGGUGCAGGAGCAUACCCUGGAGCAGCACAGUACCCUUACUGGAACCCCAACAAUAAAAUUAUCAGCCCUCGUUAUGGUGGGAACUAUGGGCAUGGUGGUUAUGGAUAUGCUGGAGCUGGAGGAUCUCCUUUUGCCCAGUCUGUUCAUAAUAUGGGAAUGGGGCCCUCUAUUAAGUCAAAGGGGUUUGGUAGGCAAGCAGUAAUGGCCGCUGGAGUUGGUGCAGUGGCAGGCAUGGCAUUAGGUUAUGGCCUGGGCAGUUUCCCACGUCCACGUUUUAUGUUUCACAGCCCACAGGAAGAAUACUAUUAUAACCACUACAUGUACAGGCGAUAUGGCACUAGACCAGCUGAUGCUAACACAAACCCCAACUCUCCAGGUAGUGAGCCAGGUGAUUCUGGAUCAAAUCCUGCUGGAUCAGAAGCAGUUAAUCCUUACAAUAUAUUCCAAAAUCCUCCACCACAGUCCUAUGAUAGGUACAUGGACACCUGUAUGAACAGAACAGACUUGUUGCGAGGGGAGCAGAGUGGCAGAAACAAGAGAGCUGCUGAAGAAUCACAGGCUCCGAAUCCAUCAGACACUGAGCAAGUUCAAGGAGAUAAUCAAAACAGUCCACAAGAAGACAAGACGUCAGCCAAAGAAUCUGAAGAGGUUCAGGUGUCAGAUAGCAAUGUUCAGAGUAGAGGCACAGAAGUAGAAACCAAGACAAACAACAAUACAGAAGUACCUCCACCUUUUGCCGAAAAGCUUACUGGUGCUACGAUGUCUCCUCAAUCUCAGCAGGACAUGGAAGAAGAUGAUACAGUAAGCAUAAUGGAGAUUGGCUAUCCCGCACUGAUUGAGCAAAUGAAAGCACGUCGCUGUAUUGACCUUUACAUGGCUUAUGCAGAGCACCAUGCUGCUCAGCAGCAGACCCAGGAACGUAGCGGUGGUGAGGGUACACCUGCAGGGGGCGGAGAGCAACAAAGACCCCUUAACCAUGGGGUCAUACUAGUUCUGAGCAGCAUCAUAUCCCUUCUCGUCAGCUCUCUGCUGUUACAUUGAUCGUAGUAAGACACUAUGUUUAUAGAACCUACUCUACAUCUUCUUUGCAAGUUGAUACAAUGUUCAGUUAACUUUAGGAAAAUAAUCAGUUCCCUAAGAGGCAGACAGGCAGUCAUUUGAAAAGUUCUAACACUGAGCCAUUAGAAGAUGUGAAUUCCUAGUGUUGUUUAUACAAAAAUAACUGGGGAAUUGGGUUAUAAGGCCAUUUUUAAGAAUAUGUUAUGCUGUCCAGCUGCAGUCAAUGCUGGACAUAAUUGCUAUGGGAUAAAUGCAUGAGACAAGGCAAUCCCAAUGCUUUUAUAUAACAACUUCUGAAACCAUUCUGAUGGCCACUGUCUAAAUGACUACUUUUCAAAGCUGAAGGUGUAACAUAGUUACAUUUGUCAGCAUGACAUACACUUUGUAAGAUGCUAAAUCUUCAUCACUGCCAUGUCAUUAUGAUCAUCACAACCUCACUGCAUGAGAUUGUAUGUGGGCUACUGCACCCCUUAUUUAAACCCCUCUGCAUGGCAUCUUUAUUUCUGCAAACACAAAUAUACUUGGCAAAGGGAUUGAAUUGUGUAACUACUGAAAGAGGCAUACAUUUUCUACAGAAUAGUUUUCUUUGUUUGAUGAAUGUAUUUAGUUAUUUAAACUCACAGCGGUAGUGAUUUUAGCUGAUAUUUAUAACCCAGGCUCAUAUAUUUAUUUAUUUAUUUAUUGUUAGCACAUAUCAUAGUAUACUUUUUCUUUUGUGUUUUAAGCACAUUUGUGUGUUAUGACAUGAAUUCUCCUUGUAUUAAGGAUACAUGGUUGAAUCUGGGACUGCUGAGCUAUUGUCUUAGUAGGGCAUAAAAUAGUUCAACCUUAUACUGUUUAAUAUAAAAUGUAUGUCAAGAUUAUUCUGGGGGCUCUGAGUGGUCCAGCAUGCUAGGUGCUGCCACUAUGAUCAGGAGAUCACUGGUUUGAAUCCUGUUCAUGUAGCUUGCCAUCAGCUACCGGAGCCUUGAGGGAGCACAACUGGUCUUGCUCUCUCUGGGUGGGUAGAUGCCGCUCUCUCCCCACAAGUAACCAUAAAGGGUAAUGUCAAUCAGCACAAGGCGUCUGUGAGCUGAUGUAUCAGAACCGAGUCGCUUGGCUUUCCUCCGAGUGCGCUGGAGGCUACUCGGCAAUGCUUCAUUAGCAGCAGUUCAAAAAGAGGCGGUGGCUGACGACGUGUCAGAGGAGGUAUUUGCUAGUUUUCACCCUCCUGGUGUUGGUGUAUUACUAGUGAUGGGGGGAGUGCUGAUGAGUGGGUUGGGUAAUUGGCCUUGUAAAUUGGGGGAAAAUGGGGGAAAAAAUUUUAAAUAGAAUGAUUAAUAAGAUUAUACUAAGCUGUAUGCAGUAAACAGUAUGAAUGUACAUACAUCGAUCCGCCAUAACAUGAAUACCACCCCUAAUUUCCUUAAUAUAGUGUAGAUCUGGCUCAUUCUAUUAAAACAGCUCUGUCGAGGUAUGGACUCCACAGGACCUCCACAAGGUGUCCUGUGGUAUUUGGCACCAAGGCUGUUCAUGCCGACCCUUUAACGUCCUCACUAAGAAACAUCAUUGAAAUAUUUUUAUAAAGUGUAUAUUGUUUACCAUUUCAUAUUUCCAUUACCUAACCCUCUGAAACUAAUAUGCAUACCUUCAAAAAUAAAGUCCACCCGAACAAUUCACAAAUGUGGAGGAAUUUAUCUAUGAGUUUUGAAAAGGAUAAAAAGAAUUAUCGAAAGACACAGUGACCCCUUUUUUGUAUUUCUUAAGCUGUACAUGCAUCCGCUGAUUGGUAGAGAUGGCACAGUCAGGUUAAAUUAAGUUCAACACUUUUUUGGAAAAUAUUGUGAAUUAAAAUGUUUUCUAUCAAAAGGUUAGCAGAACAUUAAAGGGUUAAGUUCUGUUAGUUGAAUCUCAUCAGUAAACUUUGAGUACCCAUGACCCUGAUGCUGGUUUGCAUUGUUAUUCCAAUGUUAUUCACUUCACAUGUCAGUGGUUUUAUUGUUAUGGCAGGUCAGUGUAUAAAUACUGUGUGAACUCCAGGUUUGAUUUAUUUUUGAAAGAUGUUUAAUUUUUUUUAUUAUUCACUUUAUUCACACUGUUUGUUUAUUAUUUAAUUUUCCUGUAUGUGCUAUAACCUGCUGUUAAUGCACUUAGGAAUUUUGUGUCAUGUGAUUUUGAAUGGUGUGCUUUGUCUGUGGAAGCAUAAAAAUUUGCUUACUACUCUUUGAUGCCUUGUAACAAAUUUGGAAUUGUACUGUGUUGCUGUGUUUAAAUGUCUGCGAUAACUGCAAUACUAGCAGUAUCAAAAGGUAAUGUCCCCUGUAAUCAGUGUACAGUACAAUUUCACCUGCUGUAAUUGGCAAUGUUCCUCUGUCUAUGCUAAAGUUUCAAUUAAACUUUUGACUAAUCUACAUUCA